UCCAUGGAAAUUAACUGCAAAUUUAUUUUAGAUUAUUUUAAGAGUCGUGUUGUUGUCUAGCAAGUAAAUUUACUCUACUUUUCUACAGGUUUGAAUCUUUCAUACACAAGGAACUUCAUGAUUGUAUUGCUCUUGCUUUAAGUAUAUCUACAAUGAGUGGUUUGGUUUACAUACUCGUCUUUAGCGUGGUUGCCAUGGCUACCUUAGCACAAGGAUAUGGUUACAGCGCUCCAUGCAAUACGGACUAUUACAAGCUUGGAUGCUACCGUGACAAAUUCUACCCACGGACCCUCCCUCAGUUAUUGUUCACUGAUCGUGACCCUAUGGACCCAAGGUUUCAAAAGUCAGUUGAUUGGACGAACUGGAACCAGUACAUUCGCAGUCUUGCAUGUCGAUGUGCACAGGAAGCCCAAAACCGCAACUAUACCAUGUUUGGUCUCCAAUACUACGGCGAAUGCUGGGCAGGAAGCGGGUCAUGUGACUCGUACAACAGAUUUGGAAAAUCAACGCUUUGUUACAGCCAGAAGUACAAGAAAUGUGAUAAUGAAGACGAAACUGAAUGUGUUGGAGGGCCGCAUGCAAACUWCGUCUACUUAAUCACAGAAUAAACGACGYGGAAUAUUGAGUUGACUCUUAUAACURCCUUUUUACCGAUUUUCUGGCAAGCGUUGAUAUCAGGAUUUUUCGAUUGAAGAGCGAAAGGUAUCAUGGGAUUUUCUAAAUAAAGUAACACAUAAUGAUGAAUUAAUCGAAAUUCUUUUUUUUAAUAUAUUCUUAUGGAAAAGUUUCACUGAUAGUAGAUUAGUAGAUCUUAACAGGGGGGCAUAUUGCCGUCAAAUAACGUCACAUGCUAUUACAUUGUUAUGAACAAACACGAAAUUACUAAACUUUUACCAAAUAAAACAUGUAAAAAAAAUCAUUUUUUUUUAGUUCAAUAAGGAAUGCCUAUUACUUUUCUUUGAUUUUUCUACUUCAAUAAAAUUUGUUAAGUGCAUUAAGUGCAUUCAAAGUCUUG